AUGGAAACUGGAUACGGAGACGUUGUACAGGACUGCGGGGCUAGUGCCGACCCCAUGGGCACGACUCUAGAUAUGCAUCCGUUGGAUCCGCCACCGCCCGACGUGCUGCUCGCACUGCUAGCCAGGAAUAAAGCGUUAGAAGGUGAGGACGAGACAUAUGCAGCUCAUAUUAUGAUAUUUCAAUUAGGGAAAUGGAAAUUCAAUGAACAGCACAUAAGGAUUCUCAUAUUAAACUUUUGUAGAACUUAUAGAUUUAUCAGUAACCUAUACAGCAUGCUACAAUUACUGUGGCAAGCACGUGUAUGGCCCGGCGCCACGCGACAGGGCGGCAACGCGUGUGCGUGCUCACUCCCAUACACGCCGGGCUUUUUGUACGGGCCU